AUGGGCACCAAGACAUUUGCUGUGCUAAUCCUAGCAAGGCUUGCUUCAAACUUCUUGGCUUGGAGGACUUUUGGUAGUUCUGGCCCCUCAGAAAAAGCCCAGGAUACCUCAGUACACGGUAGGGAGGUACCGAGGGCAAGCUUGGAGGCGACAGCACCGGGCUCCCUCUCCGGGACCGGUGAGAAGCAGCGGCCGCUGCGGGACCUGUGGAGCCCCUUAAGCGUCCACCGCCGGACGCGAGGACGGCACCUCCGUGCCCAGACACCACCGAUGCUUCCACCCUCCCGAUCCCGUAUCAGCCUCCUCCCCGAGUACACGAUAGAGAGUUUAGACAAGAGUCUAGAAGAUUUGCUGACCAGAGUGGAUGAAUUCGUGGCAAUGCUGGACAUGAUUCGAAGUGAUUCGUCUCAAGUUGUCAAUGAAAGUUUACCUCAAAUUUACACAAAAGCUACAGAAAUGAGACACAUAUACAGGAAAAUUGACAAACUAGAGACUUUUGUGAAGAUGGUUGGAAAUAGCGUAGCUGGACUGGAAGAACGGGUCAUAAAGGCAGAAACAGACUUUGGAGCUUUUCCGAGCACAUUCAAGAAACUCUUGCACACAAUCAGCAUACCAUCCUUCAUUAAUAAAUCAUCUUCCUCACGACAACAGACCCUCUACGAACCUCCAGUUCUCUUCAAGACUGAAGACUAUUUUCCAUGUCUUAAUGAAGCACCUUAUUGA